CGUAAGGCCGGCUGGGGGCGGUACGCACAUGCGCACGCGCACUGGCGGUGCCGCUGGACGCGCCUUCCCUCCUUGGGCGUCUUUGCAGCAGUGACUGCUCCCGGAGCCUUGGGGGUGGGCUGGUCGUUGUUUAGCAAAGCAUGAGGUUCCUCUCCAUGCUGUCGUUUGGAGGACAGCUGUGUAUAUGACAGUGUUUCCAUCUGUGGUUACCACUUUGAAGUCAUUCUACUGGAGUUUUAUCUGCUGGAAAAUCAACUUUUUCUCCAGAUUUCAAUAUUACUGGCGAAGUUUGAGUGAGAUGGAUGAUUUUCGAGGUAUAGCAGAAGAGUCAUUUCCAAGCUUUUUAACAAAUUCAUUGCUUGGUAAUAGUGGGAUUUUGGAAAAUGUCACUCUUACUUCAAAUCUCGGCUUGCCUGUUGCUGUUUCCACACUUGCUCGGAAUAGAACCAGCACUGAUAACAGGUAUCCUGAUAUCCAGACAUCCUACUUAGUAGAUGGGAGGUUUUCUGUUCCAUCUUCAUCAUCUCCCAGUUGCCAGAGUGAUGCUACACCAAGAGAGAGGUUACAGCUUAGCUUCCGGGAUGAUGAUUCUGUCUCUAGGAAAAAGAACUACAUGGAAAGUCCACGUUUGUCCAAUGCUCUCAUGGAACAGUCAGCUUUUCACACUGCUAUGCCAAGAGCACAAGAGGAAGAGGCCAAAGUUUCAGCUUCCUCUCAGGGUCAGGAUCUUUUGGACCGGGUUUCACCACUGGAGCAAGUACAAGACUCAUCUGUUGAUUUUCAUUUACAAUCAUGGAUUAAUAAUCAGGAAGACAAGAUUGUUGUGCCUGAUGCUGGAAAACAAUUUGAAUACAGGACUCCAAACAAUGACUUCAGCCAUAUCUUACUAGAAAAUGAGAAACUUAUGUCACUGACAAGUUUGGAAGAUUCUUCUGAUGAUGACAUUAAUGAUGAAGAGUUUUAUGAUGAUCAUUUGGAGGCUUACUUUGAACAGCUGGCAAUUCCAGGAAUGAUAUAUGAAGAUCUAGGAGGACAGGACUCUCCAGAAAAGGAUUUUAAGUUGCCUUCAAGGGAUCCUAGUCAGGCAAAUGAAAACAGUAGCUCAAACUCCAAGUGUCAGUCAGAAAAUAACAGCUCUCCAGUUUCCUGUGGCUCACAUUCUUCAAGAAGUUCUGCAACCACUCAUGGAGAGGGCAAGGAAGGCUGGGUUGUCUGCUCACCUGGGACCAGUAACUAUGGAGGUACUAGAGAUAGCAGAAGAUAUGUAGAUGGUAUGUUACUGUUUUCCUGUAAUUCCUGUAAUUCCUGGAAAAAUGAGAAGGAGAAGGUAGAAGGUUUGAAGGGUAUGGUUCCAGAUCAUAGCAGAGAAAGUGCAAGAGAGGAUGUUCUGAUGAAGACUGUCAGCACUACCAAUGAGAAACUUAACCCUGUUUGUCUUUCUGACAAAACUACUCAUAACAGUGGUUUUGAUCUGACUGACUCCGUCAAUCAGCAGGCAAUGGUUCCUUAUCAAAAUAAGCACAUGGCAUCAGAUUCAGAAACAAUUUUGCACACAGAUGGAUGCUUAGACACAGAGAAUUCUACCAUGUCCGUUCAAAAAGAUGUUUGCAUAGCAUCUUUGAAGCCCAUCAGUGACAAUGGAGUUAGUUCCACUGAUAUUCUGUGGUCACCAACUUGUGACAGGAGAACACGUGACUGUUACAAGUCUGUUGAAAAGAAUGAAGACCAACCGGAUCUCCUACAGAGUGUGAUCUAUCAAAACGAGGAGGGCAAGUGGGUCACUGACCUUGCCUAUUACACAUCUUUUGAUAACGAACAGGAUGUGAAUAUUUCUCUAACUGAUGAGAUGAAUGAAGACUUCAGAUCUGGUUCUGAAGCAUUGAAUAUGAUUGCACAAGAUGAGGAAAAAUUUAAUAAAGAGCAUCAAUUUAUACAGGAAGAAAACAUAGAAGCUCAGAAUAUUUCGGUUGCACUAGCAGACACAUCCUGGGUUGCUACAGUUAAUUAUAAUCUGUUGAGGAAAUCACUUAGCCCAUCAGAGCUGGGCAGAGAUGAUGCCAGUUACAUACGUCUGUCAUUAGGAGAGUUUUUUGCACAAAGAUCUGAAGCUCUUGGUUGCCUUGGUGGUGGAAAUAGCGUAAAAAGACCAUCAUUUGGUUAUUUUAUUAGCUCACCGGAGAAGAGAGAACCUGUUGCUUUAAUAAGUAAAUCUGAUGUGUCAGGAAGUGAUUUGGAGAAGGGAGUGGCUCAUCCUAACCAGGACCUGUCUUCAGGAGAUUUAGACGAACAGUCCGAGACACAGCCAAGUGAAGGAUCAAUUACACUUCAGGUUGAAGCCCUGGAGGGCACCUCUCUAGUGGAUGAAAGUGAUGUGACUUUAACGGCCAACAAAGACAAAACAGAGGGCACAGGCAGGAAAAAUAAACUCCCAGUCUGCAAUGACCAGCUCCAAGAUAGUGGUGAUUCUGUACUCAGAAUAAGCACCAUUGCUUCAGCCAUUGCAGAUGCUUCAGUUAGCACGGAGCCUUCCCAGCUUGCUGCCAUGUUGAAGGCACUUACAAAUAAAGCAAAGGACAAAAUUUUACAAGAAGACGAUGAAGAGGACUCUUCCACGGUGUCUCAUUUUGUACCUAAUGAUUCUGAAAAAAGUAAUGGAUCCAGUGUAUUUGAUAUGGAGAAAUAUCUUACAAAAACAGAGAUCAGUAGACAUGAAGGUGGGUUGGAAACUGUUUCAAGAGCUGGCAUGUCUGAUAUUUGGGAUUUAUCUUUGCCAAAAGAACAGACUAUUCAAGACAUCCACACAGUUGACUCUGGAACUACUAAUACAACUGUUACAGAGCCAAAAGAAAAUACAGCAGCUGUUUUUUGUGUUGAAAAUGGUGAGAGUCAGGAAUCAUUUAAAGCAGUAAACUCUUCAAAUUCAGUUCUUACAAAUAGAAGAGAGAAUGAGAGUGUGGUAGUUGGUAUGAAGACACUUUCCACUGACCACAGAUUACCAGACAUCGGUAGCAAUGAGAAGGCUGCCUCCAUUUCCACUUCAACUUCUAAUAGUUAUUCAUCAGUAAGGAACCCCAUAGUGACAUCCCUGUGCCUCUUAGAAGAAUGUGAAGAAAAACAAGCUAGCAGAGAAAAUCAGAGGCAGCAAGAGUAUGUCAGUGAAACAAGCGGCAGUGACAGACGUGUGACUUUUGAUCAGCACUGCAGAGUCUCACCUAAAAAUGUUGAUUUGAAAAACGCCUCUCCUGAGCAUGGGGGAUCAGGCUCAGAGGACCAGGAGAGCUUCAGACCCUCUACUUCACCACUCAGUCAUUUUUCUCCUGGUGAAAUUUCUGGAACAAGUUUAUCAGGGUGUGCUUUGGAGUCUCUUGAUUCUGCAGCUUGUCACCAAAAAUCUUCUUCUGAGAGCGAGUUGUCUCAGUUGGUGUGUUCCCAUACUGAUAUGAGCAGGCUGACUUACGUCUCUGAACAGGAGAGCGCCUGUCCUCCCACAACUGCUGACAGUGGCCCAGAGGACUGCAAGGUGGGCGGCACUUGGACUGCUGCUUUAAGUGAUAUCACCAGUGAGUUGAGCACCACAAUUAUUCAAUCAAGCCUAGCACCAUUGGAGGAACAUGCUAUGGAAAAGCUGAGAAAAAAGGUUCCAUUUCAGAAUAGAGGAAAAAGAGCCUCAUCAUCUCUUAUUCAGAACCAGUCUGAUUUGAAAAGUGUGACUGAAACUACUUCUCUGAGUAGCAGACCUGAGGGUGGAGAAUCAAGUCAAGAUCCUACCUCCAAAAGAGGAGAGCCAUUGGAAACCAGUGAAGAACGUUUGACAUCAAACCGCAGUGACUUGGAUCCAGUCAGUGAGGUUCUCCUGAGCAAGCCAGGUCUGAGCCAUCAGGUGGGGCUAGCCUCAUCUCACCUUGCUGUGUCCUGCCUGAGGUCCAUGGAAGAAGGUCAGAGAGUCAUUUCUAAAGACACCUCGAGCACCAACAGUGAGUUCAGUGGCCAGAUUCCUAAUCAGAACACCUCUGGAAACCUGCGAGGCCCGGUCUCCCAACUCAUGGCUCACGGCUCUGCUGAGGAGGUACAGAAUGUUCCUGCUGUGCACCCCACACUCUGGACGGCACAUUCUUUCAGCACCGCUCCCUUGAAACAGCAGUAUGUGGGUACACUCUCUUCAGCAGGGAAUGUUGCCUUGCCUCAGUGCCAUUCAGGCAGCGCCUCGGCCUGUGGGUUCUCAGGAUGCUUUACUUACCCUGCUAUCGCAGGAGACCACGUUCAGAACUCCAUGGCUAUGGGGAUUUACCUGGGUCCCGAUCUCACCCCUGGAUUGAUGGGUCCCACUUCGCUCUAUACCCGGUGUUCUAAUACCUUACAUCAGAACGUGCUAAGCUCAGUACCAUCUUUUACUGUGCAGUCUGGAGUGGAGUCCUGGGAUUCAGGAACCAUGUCAGGAUUUGACAGCGUCAGAGUGCCUGAGGAGUUGAAGUUUCCUCAUGCUUGCUGUGUCAGUAUUGCUUCGCAGACCUACCUUAGUGUACUCAAUCCAACUGGCCGUUGGCUACAAGUCAGCAUUGGGGUUCUCAGUGUUAGCGUUAAUGGUGAAAAGGUGGAUCUUUCAACAUGUCCUUGUCUAGUUUUCAAGAAUAAAGUCAUCAUAAGACCUCAUGCCACAGAGGAGAUAAAAGUACUUUUCAUACCAUCCAGUCCUGGGAUUUUCCGAUGUAUGUUCAGUGUUGCUUCUUGGCCAUUUUCAGCAGAUUCUGAGACAAUAGCACAAGCAGAAGCUUUGGCGAGCAAAGUCAUUUUCACUGCUAUCGCUGAGACUCCUGUUAUUGAGGUAGAAACAGAAGAGAAAGGUGUUCUUAAUUUUGGUGACUUGACUUAUGGUGGCUGGAAGGCUCUACCGCUAAAGCUGAUAAACAGGACACAUGCCACUGUCCCGGUCAGACUGACCAUUAAUGCUAAUGCCUUAGCCUGGUGCUGCUUCACCUUUUCCAAGGAACCCAUCCAUGCUUCUCUGAAAGCUGCUCCUUAUGCCGAUGUGAUUGCUCAGCUGGCAGCCCCCUCUGUGGUCAGUCAUGUGAUGCCUGCCAAUCAGGAAGGACAGGAUCCUGAAUUUUUGAUAAUUUGGGUUCUUUUUCAUAGUCCAAAGAAACAAAUUGCUUCUUCAGAGAUUCUAGACCCUGCAGAAGAAUUCUUGGCGAGAGUGGAUAUAGAAGUUGACAGCCCAAACCCUACGCCAGUUCUUAGCAGUGUGGGUCUCCGAGCAAGAGCAGGAGUGGCUCGAAUCCAUGCUCCUAGGGACUUACAGACUGUGCACUUGCUGGCUGGUGUGAAUUCCUCAACAAAGCAGUACCUGCCUUUGAAAAAUGCUGGCAAUAUUGAAGUUUACUUAGAUAUCAAGGUCCCAGGACCAGGAAGUCACUUUUCAGUGGAUCCAGAAAAUUUAUUCCUUAAGCCUGGUGAAGAACAUAAAGUCCUAGUUUCAUUUAUGCCAAAGGAUCCCAAGGUCUGUGAGGAAAGGAUCUUGAAAAUAUUUGUGCAGCCAUUUGGACCCCAGUAUGAAGUUGUGUUAAAGGGUGAGGUGGUUUCUUCAGGAGGUAACCCUCUGCUGCCAGGACCUUGUGCCUCAGAUGUUCCAUUGAUCUUGUCCAACAGGCAGUUUCUGGCCUGGGGAGGUGUCCCACUCGGCAGAACACAACUUCAGAAGCUGGCAUUGAGAAGUAACUCCACAUCCAUGGCCCAGCACUUGCGGCUGCUUAUCAAAGGACAGGACCAGGACUGCUUUCAGCUUCAGAACACUUUUGGCUUAGAAGAGCGAUUGACCAGUAACUGUGAGAUCAGAAUGCAGCCAAAAGAAGACAUUGUAAUCUCAGUAUUAUUUGCACCUACUCGGUUAUCUUGUAUGUUGGCUAAACUGGAAAUCAAACAGCUUGGAAAUCAAUCACAGCCAGGCAUUAAGUUCAUGAUACCUUUGUCUGGAUAUGGAGGAACAAGUAAUCUUAUUUUGGAAGGUGUUAAAAAAUUAACUGAUAGCUACAUGGUAACAGUGAAUGACUUAAUACCUGGCAAAGAAAGUAAAGUUGUUGUUUCUGUCCGAAACACCGGCUCUCGGGCAGCUUUUGUCAAGGCAAUAGGUUUUAAGGAUUCUCAGAAAAAAGUUUUGCUGGAUCCCAAAGUAUUGAAGAUUUUUCCAGAUAAAUUUGUGCUCAAGGAAAGAACACAGGAAGAUGUUACUAUAAUAUAUAAUCCUCCAGACAGAAAGAAUGACUGUAAAACUGCAACAGAACUGUCAACUAUAUACUUCUUUGGUGGAGAUGAAAUUUCCAGACAGCAGUAUCGAAGAGCCCUGUUGGAUAACCCAGGGGUUGUAAGACAGAUCCUUCCAGAACACAGCGUGCUGCACAGCGUGAAUUUUGCUGAAGUGUUCCGAGAUGAGAUGCUAGUCAAUGAAGUGUAUGAUCUUCCCCAAUGGCCUAUUGAUAUUCAACUCUUUUAUGGAAACAUGCGAAAAAUUACCCUUUCAGUAAUUGGAGAAUUCAGAGAUUCUGUCUCCUGCCAUGAGUUUCUUCAGCCACCUUCUAAAGCUAACUUGGAAUCUAAAAGUGAAUUGGGGACUUCUGGAAAACACAGUGGCCAUGUCUCUUUGGAUGUUUUACCAGUUAGAGGUCCUCAGGGUUCUCCUUUUCUCUCACAAACUAGCCACCCACCUCAAGAUAACUCGGCCUCUGAAGAGACUUGGACUGUCCAGCCAGAGCACUUGAUUCUGAUAGCACCUUCUUCUUAUGACAUGGCAAAAACUGGAUGUUUCCAGAUUGCAAAUCAUUCCGUCAGGUUGCUGAAAUUUGAGCUGUACUGGCCAGCACAUUGCCUGACAGUCACACCACAGCACGGGUUUAUUGCCCCUGAGAUAAACUACAAAUUCUUGUGAGUCCUAAUUCCUCCUUAUCCACAAAGCAGACAAUGUUCCCAUGGAGUGGUUUGAUCUAUAUACACUGUGACAGUGGACAGAAGAAAACUGUGAAAGUUCAAAUUCGAGAAGAUUUGACUCAAAGAGAACUCUUACCUCACUCGGCCUCUGGUCUAUCUGGAGUUCUUACCCCAGCACCUGAGCCUUCCUUUCGUCAUUUGGUAAAACCAUUGACAAAGCCACCUUCCACGAAAAUCGAAAUAAGAAGCAAAACUGUUACUUUUCCCACAACAGAACCUGGUAAAACUUCAGGUCUCCAUCACGUUUUUGCCCAGAGAUAGAGGGGAUUAUGCCCAGUUUUGGGAUGUUGAGUGUCAUCCUGUUAAAGAGCCUCACAAAAAGCACACGUUAAGAGUCCAGUUCUCAGGACAA